GAGAGCCGUUAAGAGGCAAUAUAUUUAGCACUUUGGAAUCUUGAAUAAACUUUACAGAGUAUUUUUACAAAGCAGUAUUACUAUUUUUACUCCAGUAAAAUAUAUUUUUCAGAGUACUUUUUUCACAAGUGGUUACAGAUAAUUAAAGUAAACCGAGAUAAAUGACACAAUUUGGGAAGGAGGGAGGACAGAGGGAGAGAAAUUAGAAGAUAAAUAGAGGCAAUAGAGAGAAAGCGAGAGCGAGAGAGAGAGAGAGAGAGAGAGAGAGAGAGAGAGAGAGGGAGAGGGAGAGGGAGAGGGAGGAGGAUAAAUGAAGCCGGAGGGAGGUGAAACAGAUUUAGAGACAGAGAGCAGCCGGUGUUUAAACUCAACAGUUUCUCAGCAGCAGCCAAACAGCGCCGCCUCCUCCUCCUCCUUCAUCCUCCUCUUUCUCUCCUCCUCCUCCUCCACCUCCACCUCCACCGGUCAUCCUCUCCAUGCCGGCGGAGGUCUCCGCGGGGCUGCCAUGGCGAAGAUCCGGGUGUCGUACGAGUACUCCGAGGCCGAGGACAAGAGCAUCCGGCUGGGGUUGUUCCUGAUCGCCUGCGGGAUCCUCAGCCUCUUCAUCCUGGGCUUCUGCUGGCUCAGCCCGACCCUGCAGAGCCUCCAGAGCAAGCCGGCCAACUGCACGGUGGUGUCGGUGUUGCGUCCGGAGGAGAUGUUCGAGUGUGUGUUUACGUGCGGCGCCGACUGUAAGGGGACGUCUCUUUAUCCCUGCCUGCAGAUCUUCGUCAACAAUUCGGAGUCAAACUCGGUGGCUCUGCUGCACUUUGAUGAGCAACAGCUGGUCCUCAACCCAAAGUGUUCGUAUGUCCCUCCCUGUGAGCGGGACAACCAGAAGAACAAAGACAGUGUUUUGUGGUGGGAGGAUUACUUCACCAAAGAGGUCAGCAGCCAGUCCUUCACCUGCUUCUUCAACCAGCAGAGGAGGCCAGACGACGUGUUGUGGCGACGUUCCCACGACACCAGCGUCCUGCUGCACUGCGUCCUCUGGCCGAUGGUGUCGCUCCUACUGGGCACGCUCAUCGUGCUCCUGACGGUGUGUGCGCGCUCGCUGGCCGUCCGAGCCGAGGCUCUCCAGAAGAGGAAGUGCUCCUACGAGGUGUGCCAGGACCUGUCCGCCGGGCCCUCAGAUCGCCGUGGUAACAAGGCCGAAGACCCCCUCACGACGAACUCUGACCCAGAGUUGUCGUCGCCGACAAGGACCCUGCCGCUGUUUGCGGUGCCGGUGCGACGCCGCGACCGAGAACAUUAAGACGAAACAGGAAGUUGUUUGUGGAAUUCAAUCAGGAUGCUAACGAGUAGUUGGCCGAUGAACUGGCUGAGGACGCCCCCGUCAAGCCGCCGCUGUGGAUGAUGGGAAACCCACCCUGUUGCCUAUAGCAGAAGCAUCAGCACCUUUCCUCUGGUUUCAACUCAACAAACUGGAUCAGAGGAUCUCAGAGUUGAAUCAUCUGAUUAUAAUCAGCAUUGCUGCUUCUGUGCUACGAGUCGUGACGAAGGGUUAUUAUAACGACAACAGAGCUGUGAUCAACGGUACGGUGAAUUAUGUGUCAGGUAAAGUGAGUCAAACUUCAAACUUAAGGACUCUUAACUGUAGCGCUUCUCUUAACGUAGUUUUCCCUCUUUAGUUUAGUCCCAGUAGCCAUAAAUGUUGAUAAAUAGCGAGCCAAAGUCCUGACGUCUCUUCAGGCUAGCCACUGUUUCUUCCAUUGUUAUUUGUGGAUAAAGUAUUUUCAUUUAUUAUCUAUUUUAUUUACUUGUGAGGGACCAUGCACACGAUUAUAGAUACCCAUUUCCACAGCACUAAUUCCAUCACUACAGUUUUUACAGAAAAAGUAGAAAAUAUCCCAAAACACUCCCGAAAGUACCUCAAGAUUGCAGGUAAAUACUCCAGCAAAUGUACUUUAUUUUCCAGGUCUGCUUGUAAUCAACAAGGAAAAGUGAGGAUAGAAAAAGAGCCAGUAAACAUGAUCGGGGGUGAAUUUAAAUAAUUGAACUUUAUCAUUUAUUGAUGUAUUGAGAUACAGUGGUGACUCAUCAGAGGGCCCAUUAGUGGCUCCUGUUGCUUCUGGUUAAUGAUGGGAGAACUCUUUGAACCCUGAAGCUGUUUGCAGACAGCAGGAACAAACCACAGACUAGACUGGGAGCUCCCAGUUUAACCUCCAACAUUUAGACUGGGAGCUCCCAGUUUAACCUCCAACAUUUAGACUGGGGUAGACUGGUGUGCUGGGGAAAAUUCCCCUUCAAGUCAAACCUAAAACAAAGACGAGGUAAAUGUCUGUAUUCUGGUAUUAGAGGUGUCACAAAUAUCACAGCGUUCUGGCAAAUAGUUGUUUACUGCAGGCUUUGGUGGAAAGUAACUAAGUACAUUUACUCAAGUACUGUACUUAAGUACAAAUUUGAGGUACUUGUACUUUACUUUACUAUUUUCUCUUCAUGCCGCUUCAUUCUUCCAUCUCAGAGGGAAAUAUUGUAUUUUAGUUACUUUACAGAUUAAGAGAUACGAUUUUUUCAUACAAAACAUAAAAUACUUCUUAUAUGUUCCACCACCGUCGGUUGUCUGAAACUGUAGUAUUAUUAAUAUUUUAAGUAUUUUUGUUGCGUUUGUUUUUAGGUAAGCAAUAAGGCCAGAUAAUCUGUCUUCUAUUUAUUUCCCAUCUGAAAGCAGAGGAACCAUUUUGUUUUGGGAAGUUUCUCUUAAAGUGUAGCGCAGGUUCAACCUGUCAUUUUAGAUUAAUGCACUAUAAUGAAUUGAUCAUUUCUACAGAGGUAGAGGACUCAUUGUUGAUGGUUAAACUAUAACAAUCGUGUUUGGUUUAGCUUAAACUUCCUGUACAGGUUGUUGUGCAGCUGAAAUGCUUCCUUCUCUCCUGUAAAUCUGAUUGGCUGUUUGGUAACAAAGUAGAAAUUACAGGUAAACCCACUUAUAUGGAGGCGACAAAAAUAUAUAAUAUAUAUAAAGUAAAAACCAGCAAACAGCAGCAGGUGGUACUUUUGAUUGAAUCAUUUUCAGAGCUUCUACAUGUUGGCAAAGACAGAACAUUACGAUUUAUUCAUGACGAGCCACGUAGAAUGUUUUAGUCCGUAUUGUUUACGAUGCUGUCGGUAUGAUAUCAGCUGUUUUCAAGUCAGUAUAAAAACCCGUUGAUGUCGUCCCUCAGAGGCUCUUGAAGGAUUGUUUCAUAGCCUGGAGUUUGGGUUUCUGUCAGUGACGCGAGCCAGAUGUGAUCACAGUGGUCAGGGUUGCAAAGGGAGUCGGAACAUUUCCGCUAUAUUUUCAAGGGAAGUUAAGUUCUGGAAUUUGGGAUUUUUUGCACUAUUUCAAUAUAAAAAUCAUAGAUUAGGUCUACUUAUGACGAUGCUGAAGUUAGCUUCCGAUUCACCAGUUAAGGGGAAAGUUUAACUUACGUUGUUGAGCAACCGAUCGUUUUUUGCACCUCUUAAUGCCUUUUUUUUUGUUCGUUUAAACUUUAAUACUCCUUUCAACCUUGACAAAGGCAGCGCAGACCAGAUCCACUCCUUCUGUUCUUACCUUUCACAAUAAAAGCCCUAGACAUAUAAUAUUCAUAUGCCAGUAUUUCACAUUUCCGUGUUAUUUGUCACUUCCCUGGUGUGUAAAGGCCUUUACUGUUGUGAAAGCGUGUUAGAUGUUUUAGGGAUUCUAUAUUAUUUGUUAAAAUGCAAAAAAAAUGGAAGGCCAUGUGGCAAUACUGCUAUUUUUUGCAUUUUCACAAAUAGAAUAAAGGUUUCGCAAGUGUUUUAGAGGAAUAAUAAUAAUAAUAAUAAUAAUAACUUGGAUUUAUAUAGUGCUUUCAAGAAACCCAAGGACGCUUUAACAUAGGCAUAAAUAAACACAACAAGAAUCUUUAGCCUCUCUGGUUAAUCUAGUCCACAUUUGACCAGUCUAGGUAUAGUGGGUUUUGAUCUGGACCUGGUCCAAUGUGGUUUAGAUGUAAAAAAAAAAAACAGUGAAAUCUCCAUUUUUUUUAUUUUUUUUUGCGCAUUUUCACAAAUAGAAGAGAGGUUUCAGCGUUAAGGCUUUACUUUGAAUAUCUAAUAGGCUUUCACAACAGUAAGAGGUGCAAAAAAAUGCUCAGCAAUGUAAGUUCUGGCAUGUUUUAGUUCAAACUAUGAUCAUUUAAUCUAAUUGUAAUCAUGCACUGCAUUCAGCAGCACUCUUCUAUCACGUGUAGCCUGCAGAUCAUUUACCAGCAUCCCGUUAAACAGGAAUUAUGUUAAAUUACAACCCUCUGCAUACACACUGUAUCCUCCAUCACAUGUGCAGCCCACACUGCUGCACCGUCUGAGCCAAACGACCACAUGCUUUCAUGAUUAUGUCACCGGAUUGAAUUUGAUAUGUUUAUGAUAUUUCAGUUAGAUAGUAGCCUAUAACGCAAAGUACACAGUUUAUAACUUGUUAACAAUAGUUUUUGCUAGCCAGCUGUUACCAUGUAGGAUAUAGCUUGAUUCAGCUAAUUGAGGAGCGUUAAUUAUUCUAUUUGCAGGGCUGUUUGUUUCUAUCUGCAUAUGACAAAUACAAUCUGAGCAAAUAACCCCUAUAUUUUCAUACAUUUUCACCUUGAAUCUACCCAAAAUUGUGCAACCCUGGUAGUGGUAACAUCAAAAAGACCCCCGGCUCUGCAGUCUUUGUGAACAGUAGUGUCGGGGCAUGUAAGGAUCAUUUAGUUUAGUGAAACAGAGAAUCUGUCUUCUCCUUCUUAAGGAGAAAAGUAGAAUUAUUGUUGAAGUACAAUAACUUUCAAAGACUAAAUGACUUUCCUGCCACGCAGCCGAGUUAACAAUAGAUCUGCUAUCACCAAACAUGAUUCAUCCUCCAUCAGAGGGAGUUUUUCAUCUUCAAGUCUCCAAAUUCCUACCACCACCGUUCCUACAGUCUAAAAAUUACCUACACGUUGCCUAGCAACAGCCACGAGGCCGAGUGAUGUCGCUGCCAAUAAUGAAAAGUGAAACAGGCGAAACUUGAAGUCUUUUGGCUGCUUGUGUUCUCUGUUGUUGUGAGUCUGUUCCUCCUCAGGUUCAGGUGUUUGAGUGGUUUCACUUUAAUGUUGCUGUAGCACGUUCUCUUUGUUCAGCUCCUCGUGGAGAAGUGUCCACGUCUCAGAUCUGUGUUGUUGAUUUGUGUUUGACCUGAGCGGGAGGACAAACCACAUUUAUUUUUAGCCUACGCAAAGUUUGACUGAAAACAAACUCUGAAUGUCCAAUAUUCUUUAUUUAUUCCUCCUGAGGCGUAAUGUGCAGAAACAGUGUUUUAAAGUUAGAUUAUUUAUAGUCCCUGUCUGCAUGUUAUGUGGAUAUUUUAGAUUUAUUUUCCCAAAGAGUAUUCCUGUGUGAUCCAGAACGUUUUGUGCACAGGUUAAUAUUUAGUGGGAAACUAUGUGGUGUGCAUCAGGAGCUUGUAGAAAAACAGUUUUUGCUCCCGUCCCCUUAGAGCUCCGUACCAACGGCCUCUAUUAAGAUA